AUGCUCCGUCGUGUGUGUGCAUUUCGACGUGGCAACGCCAUGCCUGUGCUCUGCGCGGGUCGGUGGGUGAGUAAAAAGCAGAAUUCCAUGCGGGUGGCACCCACGACAGCAGCGGCACGCCACGCAAAAAAGACCUCCUCGCCACAGGCAUUUACAGCCCCACUCGUCCUCCGGGGACAGGUGCGCCCCGUGCAGUUGGCCUCAGGGGAGGGGAAGAAAAGGCCGCAGCCAAAGAAAGGGGUUGAUUCCCGCAGGCGGAUGACGGAGGCAAUCGCAAUGAAGAAGCGCAACGCACUGAAGAGAAGAGCUUUGAAGGGGCCGCAAAGGCAGCCGGCAGCGUCCCGAAAGUUUGCUUCGACCGCUACGUCGUUGCGAUCCGAAGCAACUAGUCCUGUGGCACAGAAGGGUGUACGGAAAGGGCGUCCACAUGCCCACACCGUUCAAAAAAAGAAGUACAAUAAGCGAGUGGCGGCCAUUGCCAAGCUUUGGAGAAUGCAGAAGAAAAAGACACAGAAGACCACUCCUGCGUCACAUUCAAGGAAAUAG